CUACCUUCCUUCCGCCGACGUGCACUUCCCCCACUCUCCCUGCAGCCGGCUAGCUGCAGUGUUAGUCCGGUUUAGAAAAUGGAGCGACUAGCAGUCUUUUGGAAGCUUUGUGGGUCAUUCGGUUUUGCUUACGAAUGAAGAAACAACAUUGUUUAUGAGAGAUCUCUGUCAGGGAGGUCAAAAUCAGUGCAGGGGAUGGAUGAGCAGAAAUCCAACUGCGACGAGAAUGACUCUGAACCAACACCUGAUGAAAAUGCCCCUGAAAAGCAAUGUGUCCUCCCUGAAGAGGAGUCUAAAGCACUUCCGGCUAUGGAUGGAUCAACUCCGCGCUGCACAUCUCUACGAGCUUGUGCACUCUGCAACUGCGUGGAGCGCAGUUUGCAUGGACAGCGGGAACUGAGACACUUUGGGCCGUCUACAGACAAACCAACCCUCAAGCCAUCAGCCUCCUCACUGCCACAGCCUGGGAAUGAUGACCUGUCUUCCAUAGGAUUUUCUGAAUCCUCAUGUCUAGCACUCUUGGAUGAUUCGGGGGGUUGCUGGGUCCAUCAUUGGUGUGCUGUAUGGUCAGAGGGAGUCAAGCAGACAGACAACGAAAAACUGGAGAAUGUGGAGAAGGCUGUUAUCUCAGGGACACAGCGGCUAUGCGACUAUUGCAAAAAGCUAGGCGCAACCAUUCGAUGCCAUGCUGAGGGCUGCUCACGGUUUUAUCACUUCCCUUGUUCUGCUGCAAGUGGAUCCUUCCAGUCUAUGAAACACUUGGCUCUUCUCUGUCCACAACACAUAGACAAGGCUGAGGAGUUGGCAGGGGAGGAGUCUUGGUGUGCGGUGUGCGACUCCUCAGGGGAGCUCACAGACUUGUUGUUCUGUACGAGUUGUGGUUUACAUUACCAUGCUGCUUGUUUGGAAAUUGGCGCAACACCCAUUCAGCGGGCAGGCUGGCAAUGUCCAGAAUGUAAAGUGUGCCAGACUUGCAGGCAACCUGGAGAAGACUCCAAAAUGUUGGUGUGUGAUGCCUGUGAUAAGGGCUACCACACAUUUUGUCUUCAGCCAGCAAUGGAUUCACUUCCCUCUGAUCCAUGGAAAUGCAGACGGUGUCGUGUUUGCACUGAGUGUGGGGUUCGGGGAAUAGCACUCCCAGGCUCUGCUCAGUGGUUUGACAACUAUGCCAUUUGUGAUGACUGUCAGCGGGAUCGCACUUCAGUGUGUUGUGUGUGCAGUACAACUGUAAACCCUUCUGCUCAGUGCUGCUGCACCCUAUGCCACAGAUGGGUACAUAGAGAGUGCACCUCACAACCGAAUCAGAUAGAAACAAAGUAUAUCUGCCUGCUUUGUAAAGAAGAUCAUCAAAACACAACAGAUCAAAGUGGAGAAGUGUGUGAGGAGGUUGUGGAAAAAGAAGCCAACUGUGGAGAAAAGCAGCCAGGUUGCACUGAGAUUGGUCAAAAUGAAACACUGACAGAGCUGGGCACAGAUGCACGUCUGGAAUUAUCACAGGUUGGGGAGAAACCAACGGAGGAGUCAUCUCAGAUUGAAGGGUUCAUUUCAGAUAAUCAUGCAAAUGAAAUUAAUAACACAAAACAGGGCAGUUCUUGUCUGGAGUCUAAUGAAAGAAGACCAUCACAAGAUUUCAGCCAGCACACAGGUUCAGGAGACAAAGAGGACACAGACCCAAUAUUGAACACAGGCCCUGAAAACAUGGAAGUGGACUGUGCAGAUGGCAGCGCUGUAGUGCAACAACCUGUGAAUACAUUUCCUCCAAAACAAUCAGAACUUGUCAUGGCUGAUCUGCAGGACAUUUCAACAGAUGAAAAAGAUGAAGACUCUGAGUCACGACUGCUGCCUCACUCCGAGGACGAGGAUGAAGAUGAGACCAUCAAGCAGGAUUUGACUUCGGUCAAACCCGAGCUGCUGUUGGACGAGAUGUCCAACAUAAGCCAUGGCGAUGAGAGCAGUAGUGGUUUUCUGGGAUCACCAGGGGAACCAGACCUCAUGCCCCGUUCAGAUAACCUGACCGAGACGGAUGACUCGCUCCCUUUUGAACCAACGAGAAGCGAGAGAGAAAAGGCAAAACGCAGAGGGUCACCAGGACGCUCAAGGAUCAAACAGGGGCGUAGUAAUAGUUUUCCAGGAAGACGUCGCCCUCGUGGGGGCGGGUCAGGCAGGGGGCGGGGAGGAAGGUCGCGCCUUAAAGCAAUGGCCUCUUGCAUAGAUGCAUUUUUGCUAAGUAUGACUGCAGACACAGGACUAAGUAAGGAGGAAGAUGAUGAGGAAGAUGAUAGCAUGCAGAAUACAGUGGUUUUGUUUUCCAACAGUGAUAAAUUUGUCCUGCUUCAGGAUAUGUGUGUUGUAUGUGGCAGCUUUGGAAAAGGUGUAGAAGGACAGCUUCUAGCUUGUGCACAGUGCUCUCAGUGUUAUCAUCCAUACUGUGUAAACAGUAAAAUCACAAAGACAAUGCUUCGUAAGGGUUGGCGUUGUUUGGAAUGCAUUGUAUGUGAGAUGUGUGGAAAGGCCUCAGACCCUUCCCGGCUGCUGCUCUGUGACGAUUGUGAUGUCAGCUAUCACACUUACUGCCUGGACCCCCCUCUGCACACAGUACCCAAAGGCGGCUGGAAGUGCAAAUGGUGUGUUUGCUGUGUGCAGUGUGGUGCAGACUCACCAGGUUUUCAUUGUGAGUGGCAGAAUAACUACAACCACUGUGGCCCCUGUGCUAGCCUUGUUACCUGUCCAGUAUGCAAAGAAAAUUUCAUGGAGGAGGAACUGCUGCUGCAAUGCCAGUACUGUGACCGAUGGGUGCAUGCUGUCUGUGAGAGUCUGUACACCGAGGAUGAGGUGGAGCAGGCAUCAGAUGAGGGGUUUGCCUGCACAUCAUGCUCUCCAUAUGUUCCCAAACCUGUGGUGGAAUCUGCAAUUAUGGCUUCUAUAAAACUAAAAGAGCCAGAACCUCAAUUCUACAGGUUGGAGGGUGUGUGGCUGACAGAGUCAGGCAUGUCCCUGCUUCGUAGUAUGUCCAUGUCCCCCCUCCACAAGCGACGGCAAAGGCGGUCCCGUCUCGGCACUUUGUCCUGUGAUGGAGGUGUAGAUGGAUUAGAUAUGAAGGAGGGAGAUGGCGACGGAGACGAUGGGAAAACUUGUGGGGAGUCCAUGGACUGUGACUCUAAGCUGGAGAAUCCUGGGAGCCCUGACAGAGAAGGUGGUGUUGAUGUUGGUCCUGAUGGCAUUGCAGAAUGUGAUGCUCUGAAAGGAGCUGACGAGACCGAGGAUGGCAAGAAAAGAAAGCGUAAACCCUAUAGGCCUGGCAUUGGCGGUUUUAUGGUGAGACAGAGGAAAUGUCACACACGAUUAAAAAAGGAAUUCUUUGCACAGUUGGCAGGAGAAACUACUUUAGAUGGACAACCAAUAGAGAGGACCAUUGAAGAGGGACCUCACCCAGACACUGACAACAUCAUGGAUCCUAAACCAGCAGAUGGAGAAGAACAGGCCAAGAAACGCAGAGGUCGAAAGAAAAGCAAAUUGGAGGAUAUGUUUCCAGCUUAUCUUCAGGAGGCUUUCUUUGGCAAGACAUUGAUUGACUUGAGUAAAAAAGUUGUGAUGACGCCUCCUGGGCCUCGACCAUGCCUUGCUCGACCUCCAGCUUUACCAGAGUCUGGUUUUAAAACUGCUGCCCCAGAAAAUGAGACAAAGGAUUGCAUAAUCAACAACCAUCCCAUUAAGCAGGAAGGGAGUGUCCCUCAGGCUCAGGGAGAAGGAGCACCUGUCCCCUCAUCAUCACUGAAAGAACAGCUGUCAUCUCAUUCUCAAGGCUUAGCUGCAGAGAAAAAUAAAAGUCUUCCUCAAGGGGUAGAGAAUCAGGACUCAGAACAGUUCUUCAAAAAGGUUCUAGGAGUGUCAGAGGGCUCCUCAUUGGGCAGCAUGAAGCCUAUUUUGGAGGGCAACAAGGGAGAACUCACUCAUAGUGCUAUGUCAGAGAGAGCUCCCCUCUCAGGGUCUCUGCCCUCAACUGGAAUGGUGGAAGCUUUUCCUGCCCUGUCUCAGUCGCCCUUUUUUGACAUGCGUGACCGUGGUGGACUGUUCAGUCCAGACGGUGGAGAUGAAAGUCCAUGGGCUACUCCCUCUACACCAGCAACACCCUCCUCACCCCCCACUCCCACUGAAGCAGAGGGAGAUGGCCUGUCCUACAACCAGCGCAGUCUGCAGCGCUGGGAGAAAGAUGAGGAACUAGGGGAACUCUCCACCAUUUCUCCUGUACUUUAUGCCAAUACCAACUUUCCUACUCUUAAACAAGACUACCCAGACUGGGCAAGUCGUUGUAAGCAGAUCAUGAAAAUCUGGAGGAAAGUGUCUGCUGCUGACAAAGUACCAUACUUGCAAAAGGCCAAAGAUAAUAGAGCUGCUCAGAGGAUCAACAAGGCACAGAAGCAGGCAGAGAUUCAAGUGUGUAGGCCUGUUAAUGCAGAGCCUGGUCAGGUGAAGGGGGAACGGCCCAGCUUACACCUGCAUAUCCCUCCACCUUCCGGCUCCACAUCUGUUUCCUCCCAGCCCAGCUCUGCAGGAAGCCCUUUCCCUUUUCCCCCAGACUCUGGUUCAUCCUCUGUCUUUUUCUCGGAUGGACCUGUUAAAACUCCAGGGUCAGCUGAAAUCCGGACAGAUCCCCUCUCCAGGCUUCCUUUACAGUCAUCCCAUCCUUAUACUCACCCAUCUACACAAUUUUCCCAUUCAGGGGCAAGUCCAUUACAUGCCCCCUCCUCAGGUUUUUCCUCUUCCGGCCCACUGGGUCCUCCUCAGGGACGGCCAGCCAGUCUCGGCCCCUUUGACAUGCAACCAGGAACACCUGGAACCCCAAGACGGGCUCAGCAGGUUGACCCUUAUUUUCGAUCACAGUUGCAGCAGCAACAGGCUCUUCUUUCACAAUCCCAGCACGGUUCUCAGGAGUCUUUAGGACCUCCACAAAGUCCUCAUUCACGAGGUCCUGCAUAUGGAGAGUCUUCUGUCUUCUCUCCAACUCACAAUUCUCAUUAUGGGGAUCCUUUCAGAAUUCAGCAAGGGAUGGGGAGAACUGAAUUUCAUUCUUCACCAUCUCCCUCUGCUUUGGUUCCAUCACCUGUAAGCACAGGACAGUACAGGGCUGAUUUGAGUGCUGCUUCCCCCCGCCCCCCCUCUGUAAGACAAGAGCCAACUGGCAUGCUUGAGUCUGCUGGUAGUUUGUUUAAGGCCCCGAUGACUCCUCGUAUGCACCAAGGCGAUGGUAGUGCCCCUCAGCCCGGAGCAUCUCCAAACCAUCCCUCUGAAGGCUACAGACAGUCCCCUUCGAAUCCUUACACCGAAGGACAUGGCCAGUCCCCACUCACUCCAAGACCCCAGUCAGGGGACAGCCCUCUGGCCCAGAGAAACACCGCUCAGCUGGACCCCAGCUCCAGAGUGCCCUCCAGCCCUCAGUCCCAGGGCAGCUCCCAGUCUCCUCACACUCCUGGUGCUCUCUCAAAUGAGGCUGUUCAGUCGCCAGCUCCUCCUCGGUUUCAAUCUCCAGACCCAGGCUCUCAGCCACCAUCAAGGCCUCAAUCUAGAGAUUCAUUUUCUAAUGUACACAAGCCUCGUUCAUCACCAUCUGAUGGGGUUGGUAACAAAGGGUCCCCUCAUCCUAAUCAGCCUCUUCCUUCCCAUCAAGGCACCAAUUCUCAAGUAGAUCCUCUAUCUGGUAAACCAUCAAUGGCUCCCUACAGUGGUAGUCCCAACAAUUCAGGACAUUCAUUACCACCACAGCACACUCAAAUGAAUCAGGGACAGCUUCAUCAGCCCCAUCCACACCCUACCUCUGCCUCUCAAGAAGGUCUUGCUGUGCGGCCGGCUGAUGCAUCUCCUCAAACCCCUUUGUCAGGCUCCCAAGACAGCUCCCAAGAAGACCCUGCUUUGAUUGGCCUAAGCCCAUCUGAAGUAGAAAAGCAUAGACAGCGUCAGAAACUACGUGAGUUUCUAAUUCGACAACAGAUUCAAAAAAAGGAGGCAGCUGCUGCUGCUUCUGGCAGUACAUCACCUGGUUGGUCUGGAGGCGAGUCACCUGCUUUUCAACAGGAAAGGGUCAGCAGAGCACCACCACCCUAUCCACAGGAUCGUGUCACUACUGCUGUUGCGACACAAGUGUCCAAGACUCCCAGCAUUACUCCCAGUGGUCCUCAACAAAUGGGAAACCUACCAGUCAUGGAUCCCUGCACAGUACGGAUGCCCGGGCCCACUAAACCUCCAGGGAUGUUUGCUCGUCCACCUAUGCCCCCUCAGUGGCAGACUCAGACACCAGCUCCACAGAGGGUUUUGCAACCAGGCAUGGAAACAAUGAGCAUAAGGCAUAAUGCCAACCAGGCUGUUAACAUGCAGGAUAUCAACAACCCACUCAAUACAAUGCAAGGAGAAAGCAUGCAGACUAUGAGUCACGGGCCUCCACCACAGUUUAUUGAACUAAGGCACCAUCCUCAAAGGAUGGCCAUGAGGCCCCAUUUUAUGCCACGUGGACCGCAGCCUAGACCACGGCUUUUUGUUCCCCACCAGGAGAUGAUUUCACCAUACGUGCAACAACAUCCCAUAUCUCAAAACAGUGCUGUUCCAUUAGAGAAAUCCCAGUUAGGGUUACAGCAAGGUGGACUAUCGGGUUUAAUGCCUCAACAGAUGGCAAGCACAGUAACAGGUUCUUCAGCUGUGACUCCCCUUUCCCAGCCGAGUUUAGUCGCUCAGUCUGCCAAUGAUCACAGUGAGGAUCUACCAGAGGCAGACCUGGAGGGGCUGGGAGACACUGGAGGUGAUGCUGGGGUUGAGGAUGAAGAUGAUCUUGCUCUGGAUCUGGAUCCUGACAAAGGGGAUGAUGCUUUGGGCAAUCUGGAUAACCUCGAAGCCAAUGAUCCACAUCUUGAUGACUUGCUAAACAGUGAUGAAUUUGAUCUGUUGGCUUACACAGAUCCAGAAUUGGAUCAGGGAGACCCAAAAGAUGUUUUCUCAGAUCAGCUGCGGCUGGUUGAAGCUGAAAGUGAAACACCCUCCUCUGGACCUGUGCGUGUAAAAGUAGAAGACAAGUCAAACAGGCAAAAGCCCUCUUCAAGGACUGAGGGCAACAACAGUCAGAUGUCAUCGUCUGCUCAUAACACAGGUACAGCCCAAGUGAAAGUUGAAGAUGGAGGUCUGGACACUGAGCAGCAGCUCUCUAGUCAGGCUAAUGUGAAAACAGAAAUGGCCGAUCUUCUUAGUGUAACCAAGCCGCAUUCAGAAAACCAGCAAACCUCUCUAUGCUCUGUUCGAUUAGGGGGCCUUUCAUACCCCCUCUCAGGCCAGAGUGACCACCUGACAUUCCCUUCAGAGACUCCACAUGCAGAUAUUACUGAUGAUCCACUGGGACUGCCCGAUGUAGGGGGGCAGUCUCCUGCUGUGGAUUUGGCAAAGGUUGAGAGCUCUUUAGAUGGUGAGCUGCCAUUAUUAAUACAAGAUCUUUUGGAGCAUGAGAAAAAAGAACAACAAAAACAACAGCAACAGCUUGGCAAUCUCCAUCAGGGUGGACCUCCAUACAGCUUGCAAGGACAGCAAAACCCACAGAUGUCCUCUCAGAUGAUGUUGCCACAUCACCGUCCACCUGCUCAAGGGAUGAUGUCUCAACAAGGAAUAGUUCCACGAGUGCCAAAUCUUAUGCAGCAAAGGCCAAUGGGUCCUGGAAUGGCAAAUCAGCCUCAUAUGAACAUGUCCCAACAGCAAGCAAUGAUGCGGAUGGGGCAGCCUGGAGCAAUACCUUCACAGCCAGGAGUGAAACGGCCCUCUCUGACCAACAAUCUCUUUCCAGAUAAAGAGUUGGACAAAUUUGUAACGGAUGACAUCAUGGAUCCUAUUGCUAAAGCAAAGAUGGUGGCUCUUCAAGGAAUCAAAAGGGUUCUCACAGACCCAAUGGUUGUUCCUCCUGGGAUUAACAGGCAACAAGUUUCUUUGCUUGCACAAAGGCUGGCUACUACUCCCGGCACAGAUCCUGGACAUAUUAUUUCCGGACCAUUAAAGGAAGGGGAACCAAGUGACUCAACUCAGUCAAGGCCUAACCCUCCUCAGUUUGUCCAAGGAAUUAUCAAUGAUGCAGAGCAACAUCAAUAUGAGGAAUGGCUGCUGCACACACAGCAGUUACUACAAAUGCAGUUGAAGUUUUUGGAGGAGCAGAUUGGGGUCCACCGCAAAUCUCGAAAGGCACUCUGUGCAAAACAACGUACAGCGAAAAAGGCUGGCAGGGAGUUUGCUGAAGCAGAUGCAGAAAAGUUGAAGUUGGUCACAGAAGAACAAAGUAAAAUUCAAAAACAGCUUGACCAGGUACGGAAACAGCAGAAGGAACAUACAAAUCUUAUUGCUGAGUAUAGAAACAAACAGCAGCAGCAUCAGCAAGGCUCAGGACUUCUUCCACCUGCACAUCCUCCACCCGGUCACCCUCCACAGGGCCCUCCACCCCACAUGUUUUCUACAAUGCCUAGUCAGAUGAUUAUGGGUCAACAGGGAGGGCAUGUGAUGGGGCAACAUGGUGGCGUGCCUGUCCGGAUGCCGCAGGGACAGCCCUUCAUGGGAGGACCCCCACAACCUCAACUUUCUGGUGGCACUAGGCCCACGGGACCUUCUGGUGCCCCAGCCGGAUUUUUUCCUAUGGGACCAGGAAUGCAAGGAGCAGACCCAAGAAUGAUUCAAGAAAGACAGCUUCAGCACAGAAUGCAAAUGGCAAAGUUUCAGCAGCAACAGCAGAUGAUGUUGGCGCACACUGCUCAGGCUGGAGUACCACCCCAGACACAACCAGGUAUGAUGGGAAACCCACACGUUGCCCAGCAACAGCCAAACCCACAACAAAUUGUGGUGAAUCAGACUAAUCAUCAGAUGCCAGGUGGUCAAUCUAUCUCCCAGACUUCACAAGCCUCUUUACCAGGACACACUCAGUCUGUAAUAAUGGCUAAUCAACCAGGUGUACAACAGCAGAGGCAGCAGAUAGUGAUGGGACAGCAGGGACCGAGUGAUCCCUGUUUUAGGAGUCCUCAAACUCCACAGCAGCAAAACAUGGUGACCUCUCAGCAGCAGCAAACAGCUCAACAAAAAACAACCCAACACCCCAGUCAGCCAGGCCCAGAACAGGGAGCAACAUCUCAGCCUUCCACUCCACAAAUGGGCUCCUCUCCUUCAGCAGGAAGAGCCACGCCUCAACCACAGUCUGGUUUUGAAAACUCCAAAUCUCCUCCACAGCAGAGUGGGCCUUCCACACCAAAUCCAUCUCAAAUCAGUGUUUCAGCAGAUGAUCAGAGUGACUUGGGAAGCCCAAGAAAUCCACAACAUCAAAACCAAGUCAAUAGUUCUCUACAGGCAAACCAAUCUGCAGAACGGCAAACUUCAAAUGAAAAUCAACAAUCUGAAAAUCAUCAACAGCAACCCACUCUCCACCCGCAAGUAUCAACCAUGACAGAGAAGCAUGAAAGUGCUGCAGUGAAACCUGAAGGGCCACAGGCAAAUAUCUGUGUUCAACAGCAGCAGCAAAAUGUGCCUCAGCAUUCACAGGACCAAAACAUCCCGCAGCAGAGCUUUAUUCAGACUUCACUUGGCCAGCAGACCGCAGUUGGUCUAAACCCGCAGCACCAAGCCUUGUUAGCUCAGCAGCAGAAACAACAGGCCAUGAUGGGCAUAAUAAGGGGACCACAGCAGGCUAUGAUGGCACCAAGGCCUGGCUUUCAAGGUCCACAUAUUCGGCCGCAGAUAAACAUCCAAGCAAUCAUUGCCCAGAAUCCACAGCUGCGCAAUCUCCCUCCUAACCAACAAAUACAGCACAUACAGGCCAUGAUAGCUCAGAGGCACUUGCAGCAGGGCCAGAUGAUGCGAAUGGCAAUAAACCCAGGCCAACAAGGCCCGUUAAGGCCCCACAUGCCCCUCAUGCCUCCAGGCCAAGUCCCACAGAUGAGGCAGCCCAUGGCAACUCAAACUGCAGUCACUCCCCAGAUGCAGCAGGGCUUAAUGCCCCAUGGGCCACAGCCUCCACAGGUUGGCGAGAUGAUGCACCAGCAGAUGAUGAGGGCGCAGGUACCAAUGUCGUGUGCCCCCAUGGAUCCAAGCCGCAUGUUAAGACCAACAUCUCCACAAGUGGAUCAACAACGUCAUCUUCUCAUGGGCAUGCGCCCUCCUACUCCAAAUCAACAACAGGUUAUGCUGGCUACAGCAGCUGGCCGAGUUCAUGGAUCUCCCUCUCAUGCCUAUUCACCCAGAGCUCCGUUUGGCAUGAGCCCGGCACAUUCAGCAUCACCUCACGCAUCAAACGUGUCCUCACCAAGAACGGACAGUCGAGCUGGAAUGAGCAGUCCAUAUCAUGUUAAAGCCUCCCCACUCAGAUCUCCUGGAGAAAAGAGUCCACUAGAUUGUCCUGGACUGAAGGUUGAGACCCAGGCAUCAGGCAGCGAAGCCUCUCAAACCACUGCAUGUAUUCCCAAUGGCCCACAUAAAUAUAUCUCCCAACAACCCCAUCAUGUUCAGGAGAGCCUCUCUACUCAUCUCCACCAAGGCUCUGGAACAGGAGCAAUGUGUGAGAAGACACUUCAUAACAUAAAGCAAGAGCCCAGGGAAGUGCUAUGUAAUGUGCAGCCAGACCCUCAACACAGAGCCAUGAAACAAGAGGAUAACUAUUCUACGUCUGACAAUAUGGCUCUAGAUCCUAGACUUCAAGAUAGCAGGCCUGAGACUGGACAACAACUGCUUCAAAAGCUACUUAGGACUAAGAAUCAGCUUGGGCAGAGGACACCUGAUGGCAUCCAUAAUGAAAUUAAUGGCCACAUAAACAAUAAAUUGGCUAUGCUGGAACAAAAGCUUCAAGGGACACCUCAAAAUAUGGAGGAUUUGCAAUCGCUUACUAAAAGACCUCCUUUGCCUAAGCCCAAACGUACAAAUAAAGUAACAAGUGGCCCCAAUGCGAGAAAAAAGACCAAGAAAGAUGAACUGGGGAAAAGUCCAGAAACUCUCAUGAAACAACUCAAGCAGGGCCUGUCUCUGCUGCCGCUGAUGGAGCCAUCUAUAACCACAAGCCUAGAUCUUUUUGCUCCAUUUGGGAGCAGUCUGCCCAAUGGUAAAGCCCAGCUAAAAGGAUCAUUUGGAAAUGCAAUGCUGGACAACGUCCCAGACUACUAUUCUCAGCUACUUACAAAGAGUAACCUUAGCAACCCUCCUACACCUCCAUCAUCUCUGCCUCCCACACCGCCUCCUUCAGUACAGCACAAGCUGCCAAAUGGGAUGACCACUGGGGAGGAGCUUUCAAAGUGUAAAGAGACAGAUGCUGCUGUAGAGCCAAUGGACACCACGUCAGAAGCAGUUAAGAGUGUUGACAUUCUGGCAGCUCUUCCUACACCACCACACAACCAGAAUGAAGACAUCAGAAUGGAAAGUGAUGAUGAAGAUGCACCAGAAAGCAUUAUUCCAGCAUCAUCGCCAGAGAGUAAUGUAGGAGAAGGAACAAGGCGAUUCCCUCAGCUCAAAGAGCCCAAGGAGGAAGAGACGGAAAGGGCUAUAUCUCCCAUAAUUCCUCUCAUCCCCCGUACACCUAUACCGGAAUUUCAAGAAAAUAAACCACUUGCCGAUGACAAGGUGCUUUCUACAUCAAACCAUCUCAACAGACCAAAAAGUAAUGAAGUGUCUGUUACCUUCACACUGUCCUCUGCAGCUGCAAAGAAACUGAACCAUGUGAUGAUGGCCAUGGCUCAGCUCCUAAGCAUCCGGAUGCCAGGUUCUUAUGAAGUGACUUUCCCUCCUCAAAACCUGGAUUUUGAUGGGUCCAGUAAGGUACAGGGACAGCCAGGUUUCCCUGGUGCCCACUGUGUAAAGAACAAUUCCACUCCUAAUCCAGAUGAAUGGCUCAGGCAGUUUGAUGUGUCACUCCCCGGCUGUACGCUCAAGAAACACGUGGAUAUACUUUCACUCAUCAAACAGGACUUUGCAGAAAAUGAGGAUAAGCCAGCACUACACUAUUACACCACAAAUGUAAAUGAUUUGGAUGUUCGGCACCUUCCUGUUAUUCCAGUCGAGGAAUCUCCACCUCCAUCACCUCCCCCUCCAGAUGACCAAGAACCAUCAGCCCCAGAAGCGGUGUGUGAAACUGUUCCACUCAAAACUUCUCCUUCCUUUCCCUCAAUGCAAAAUGAAGUGAAGGUCAAGACUGAGCCAGAGCAAGAAAAUGGCACUUCACAACCCAAAGCCUUAGAAUCUGAAAGUGCUUCAGUCUCUCCUUCAGUGACGCUUAGUGGUGCAUCUGGUGAAGACUCCUUAAAGGUUACUUCUAAUCCUAAGGAGGAGGAUAUGAGCACUGACCCAGCUGAGCCUGAAAAAGAUGCUCCUAAUGUCUUGGACUGUUCUCCAAAAUCCAUGAAACAACGUAGGCCACUCUCACCUGAACCAGAGGUAGUCCAACCAAAAGUGAAGAAAUGGAAAGGGAUUCGAUGGAAGCGUCUUCAGUUUGUCAUCACGAUCCGAAAGGGUGGCUCCAAAAAGGAGAGCAGCCGUGAAGUAUCAGAGCUGAUGGAGCGACUGCGCAUCACAUUUAGACCAGAGAAACUUCCUCGUGACAAACGCAAAUGUUGCUUUUGUCAUGACGAAGGCGACGGGGCUACGGAUGGGCCGGGACGCCUGCUCAACAUCGAUGUGGAUUUGUGGGUGCAUCUGAACUGUGCUCUGUGGUCUACAGAGGUCUAUGAGACACAAGGAGGAGCACUCAUCAAUGUGGAGGUCGCCCUGCGCAGAGGCUUGCGCACCCUCUGUGCCUGCUGUCAGAAAACGGGGGCCACUAACAGCUGCAACAGACUGCGCUGCCCUAAUGUCUAUCAUUUUGCCUGUGCCAUCCGAGCACGCUGCAUGUUCUUCAAGGACAAGACUAUGUUGUGCACACAGCACAAACUGAAGGGCCCCAGUGAGGACGAGCUCAGCACAUUUGCUGUGUUGAGACGGGUCUAUAUUGAGCGUGAUGAAGUAAAGCAGAUUGCCAGUAUCCUGCAGCGAGGAGACAGAAUCCACUUGUUCAGAGUCGGAGGUCUAAUCUUCCAUGCUGUUGGUCAGCUGCUUCCCUCACAGAUGCCCCUUUUCCACUCUGCCACUGCCAUUUUCCCUGUGGGUUACGAGGCUACACGCAUCUACUGGAGCACACGCGUUCCUAACAAACGCUGCAGAUACCGCUGUCGCAUCAACGAGGACAACGGGCGACCUCUUUUCGAGGUGCGGGUUCUGGAGCACGGCAUGGAGGAUCUGCACUUCCGUGACAGCUCUCCAGAGGGGAUUUGGAGCAGAGUGGUUCAGCAGGUGGCCAAACUUCGAGAGGAGUCUUCUAUGCUGAAGCUGUUCACAGAACACAUCAAGGGAGAAGAAAUGUAUGGACUCACCAUCAACGCUGUGAUGCGCAUCACCGAAUCGUUGCCUGGAGUGGAGAGCUGCCAGAGUUAUCAGUUCCGUUAUGGGCGUCACCCUCUCAUGGAGCUUCCACUCAUGAUCAAUCCCAGUGGCUGUGCCCGCUCUGAGCCCAAAGUCACCGCCCAGUGCAAGAGGCCUCACACUCUGAAUAGCACCAGUGUUUCAAAGGCCUACCAGAGCACUUUUACUGGAGAACUCAACACACCAUACAGCAAACAGUUCGUUCACUCCAAAUCAUCCCAGUACCGCCGCCUGAAGACCGAGUGGAAGAACAACGUUUACCUGGCUCGAUCUCGAAUCCAGGGCUUGGGAUUGUAUGCUGCAAAGGAUUUGGAAAAGCACACCAUGGUCAUUGAAUACAUUGGCACGGUUAUACGCAAUGAGGUGGCCAAUCGUAGAGAAAAGAUCUAUGAGUCUCAGAAUCGUGGCAUUUACAUGUUCCGCAUCAACAAUGAACAGGUCAUUGAUGCCACUCUGACGGGUGGCCCAGCACGCUAUGUCAACCACUCCUGUGCACCCAACUGUGUGGCAGAGGUGGUAACGUUUGACAAGGAAGACAAGAUCAUCAUCAUUUCCAGCCGAAAGAUUCCAAAGGGAGAAGAGCUGACGUAUGAUUACCAGUUUGAUUUUGAGGAUGAUCAGCACAAAAUCCCUUGUCAUUGUGGAGCCUGGAAUUGCAGAAAGUGGAUGAACUAAAAGUAUUCCCCUCCAAAGGUGCCAGAACCAUGUGCGCCAAAGCCUUUGUGUCCAUCUUAGCCAGUGCAUAAGCUGAAAGAUGUGGAGGUGAUGCAGCCUCUACCAGUGAAAGACUAAAGCGGUGACCCCUGUAGCCAAAGGUAUGAAGAGCAUUAAUCAAUAAAGCAACAAACCCUCACAACAGAGGCACUUCAGCCAACAACCUUCUCCUCCUCGACUGUUCUCAAUAAGCUUACAACAAUCCUCAACAUCUACCAAAUGUUCCUGACCUUCUGAUAUCAAUCCUCAUACUACAGAGCUCAGCUGGAGCUGCGACAAAAAGCCAUGUUCAAAUACUGAGAAUGAACUUGAUACAUUUUUAUGUUUUGAGACGGACCUAUUUCCUGCUCUUUUACACUUUAUCCUCACCUCCUUGAAAGGCACUUUCCCAUCAACUCAUCAAUGAAGACAACAUGGAUAUUAUUGGCUCGCUAGACAAUCAUAAUGUGGCUCUGCUUUCGAGCUGCAAAUGAUUGAUGGAAAAAGAUGAUUAUUAAAUUGGAGAUGUUUUUGUUCUAUGGCUCAAGUUGUUCUGACUGUGUGGAGUCCCUAAGGUGGGUUAGUGUGACCCUGUCUACCUCAUUGAUUUAACGGGAAGUGACUGCUUUGAGUAAUAACUGUUAACUGCUACUGUGGAGGGGGGGGGUGUUUUUAUGGGCUUAGCCUUCUCGGACAAGCAGGGAAACUUAAGCAGCAGGUUUGCUCUGUCUACUCUAUGCUGAUGACGAUUUACAAUAAUGAGCCAACAUAAUUAUUAUUCAUGAAUUAUUUAUACAGAAGAGAAAUAUAUGACCGUUUUGAUAAAAAAAGAAAAUCACAAUCAGCUUAGCAGGUGUCGUGUAUGCCUCCAAAUCAUGGACAUUUCUGUUUUUCUUUAAGCAUUUUUAGCCGUGCUCUUAGCUGUGUGAAAGCACAAUAACCACCGUGUAGUUCCUUCUAGUUGUACAGACUGAGCGAGCGGCUCUCGGAUCACACUUAGGACUAGUCUCAUCUCCAAAUGCACAUUUGCUUUUGCUUCACACAUUCAAGCUCCACUGCUGCCUCCAGCGCAGUGGACCAAUGACUACUUUAUAUCCCACUGCUAACACUUUGAAUCAUGUCUCUUCCUCUGUAAUAUUUAGUGGACUGUUGAUAACUUUACUGUAGUAGGUCUUUCUCUGUCAGAGCGCAGCCUGCUGUCUUUAACCCCUCGAGCGAGUUUUUCUAGUGCUGGAACUGUCUCAUGAGGCUGGGCAGAUGGCAGGGAAAGACUUAUUGAAAAAAGGGCAUUUGUUUCACCUCUAUGUAAAAAUGAAUGAAAUGUCUUUAAAGGGAGCUUUACUUAAAACUCCAGUAUCCGAACUACUUUUCUCCCUCUUCCCCUAACCUGAAACCUCACGAUUAUUAAAUGCAAAUUGUACAAACUGUAUAUAUGAUAUAUGCAUCAGGGGGUAGCAACUCUUUAUCCAGCCCCUUUGUAAUCAAAAAGUCAAAAGAGUAGACCACAUCGGAAGAAACAACCACUGGAUAUCAUUUUAACAACGUUGAAGCUGUAUAUAAAUAUAAAUAUGUGUAAAUGGCAAACUAAUAUCUUUAUGUAUAUGAAUCAGAGUGUUUUUGCAUUGACCUGUUUUCUAUUAGUGUUUUUGCUAAAAGCCCUCAGACAGGUUUGUUAAAAUAUGUUCUCUUGAAUCAGUCCAGAUGCGGCUGAGGGCAAUACGAGGAGCGUUUAUUACACAGUUCACUUCUUUCUUACAGCAGUACUUUGGUGCAUAGCAUCUCUAUUUAUGUAAUAUUUGUGUUUUAUUUAUACUACUGCUUGUUGAUUAUCAAAAUCUGUCCCUUUAUUGGUCGCAAUCAGAAUCAUGUACUCUUGAAUGGAAAACCCUGGACUCCCUAUACUCUAGUAGUGCUUUUGGUUUGAAUCUAUAUUUUCCCUAUAGAAGUGAAUGUGCUGGUAAACCUUGUGACCUGGCUUCCUGUAUGUUGUAUGAUGUAAUAAUGACUCAGUUAACUCCAUACUUAACCUGGUUAUGAAUUGCACUCUCAGACUAUAUUGGAGAACUUCUCUGAAGUGGUAGUAUACAAAGCAGUGAAAUAUAUAUAUAUUUUUGGUAUGUUUCUAUUUCAAGGGAAGACCAUGAGACAUUAUCCCACUCACUGGAUUUUAACCUGAAUUUUUAAAGGUUGCUAAAUCUUAAUUUAAGUUCUCUGCAUAUCUUAUAAUUUAAUAAAGUUUUGCUCAAAUUUAAUUUUUUAACCUCAUAUACUUUUUAAAAAGAUAUUGCAUCUGUACAGCAGAGAUACUUUUAGGGAAUAUGAAUAAAUAUGUUCAUUUUUAUUGUAUGUGGCAUGUUUUGUAUGGAUAUUAUUUUGAAUUGUACAUAUUUUUGGAGAACACCAGAGGGGUGCAUCUCUUUAUAUACAGCUUUCCACUCUCCUCCCUGCCAUCUUAUUUCUUUGUCUGCUUUUGUUUCUUGUAAAGGAAAAUAAAAUGCAUUUUAAAUAA